AGCGAGCUGCCCUCGGCCGGGAGUGGGAAGAUGUCGCAGUCCACCGCCACCGACGAGGGGGCCACGUUCCAGCACCUCUGGAGCUCUCUGGAGCCGGACAGCACCUACUUCGACCUUCCCCAGUCGGGCCAGGGGAAUGAUGAGGUGGUGGGCGGUGCGGAGGCCAGCAUGGAUGUCUUCCACCUGCAGGGCAUGACCACUUCUGUCAUGUCCCAGUUCCAUUUGCUGAGCAGCACCAUGGACCAGAUGAGCAGCCGCGCGGCCCCGGGCAGCCCCUACGCCCCGGAGCACGCCGCUAGCGCUAACGUGCCCACCCACUCGCCCUACGCGCAGCCCAGCUCCACCUUCGACACCAUGUCGCCCGCGCCUGUCAUCCCCUCCAACACCGACUACCCCGGCCCGCACCACUUCGAGGUGACCUUCCAGCAGUCGAGCACAGCCAAGUCGGCCACCUGGACGUAUUCUCCUCUGCUAAAGAAGCUUUACUGCCAAAUCGCCAAGACGUGCCCCAUCCAGAUCAAGGUGUCCACCCCGCCGCCUCCGGGCACUGUCAUCCGCGCCAUGCCCAUCUACAAGAAGGCGGAGCACGUGACCGAGGUCGUGAAGCGCUGCCCCAACCACGAGCUCGGGCGGGACUUCAACGAAGGACAGUCUGCCCCCGCCAGCCACCUCAUCCGCGUGGAGGGCAACAACCUUUCGCAGUACGUGGACGACCCCGUCACCGGCAGGCAGAGCGUCAUGGUGCCCUACGAGCCCCCGCAGGUGGGGACAGAGUUCACCACCAUCCUGUACAACUUCAUGUGCAACAGCAGCUGUGUCGGGGGAAUGAACCGGCGGCCCAUCCUCAUCAUCAUUACCCUGGAGACGCGGGACGGACAGGUGCUGGGCCGCCGGUCCUUCGAGGGCCGCAUCUGUGCCUGUCCUGGCCGAGACCGCAAGGCGGAUGAAGACCACUUCCGCGAACAGCAGGCCCUGAACGAGAGCGCUGCCAGGAGCGGGGCUGCCAGCAAGCGCGCCUUCAAGCAGAGCCCCCCUGCUCUCCCUCCCCUGAGCACCAACGGGAAGAAGAAGCGGCACGGGGACGAGGAAACCUACUACAUCCACGUGCGGGGCCGGGAGAACUUUGAAAUCCUGAUGAAGGUCAAGGAGAGCCUGGAGUUGAUGGAGCUGGUGCCCCAGCAGCUGGUCGAGUCCUACCGGCAGCAGCAGCAGCUCCUGCAGAGGCCACCCCAGCUGUCCCUUCCAAGCAGGGGCCACCUGCAGCCUCCGUCCUACGGGCCCGUCCUCUCGCCCGUGAGCAAAGCGCACGGGGCUGUCAACAAGCUGCCCUCCGUCAACCAGCUGGUGAGCCAGCCUCCCCUGCACGGCUCGGCGGCCGCGCCCAGCCUGGGGCCCAUGGGCCCCGGGAUACUCAACAACCACGGCCACGCCCUGCCAGCCAACGGUGAGAUAAACGGCGGCCCCAGCUCCCAGUCCAUGGUCUCGGGGUCCCACUGUACCCCGCCACCCCCCUACCACGCCGACCCCAGCCUGGUCAGUUUUUUAACAGGCUUGGGGUGUCCAAACUGCAUCGAGUAUUUCACCUCCCAGGGGUUACAGAACAUUUACCACCUGCAGAACCUAACGAUAGAGGACCUGGGGGCCCUGAAGAUCCCGGACCAGCACCGAAUGACCAUCUGGAGGGGCCUCCAGGACCUGAAGCAGAGCCACGACUAUGGCGCGCAGCAGCUGAUCCGCUCCAGCAGCAACGCGGCCACCAUCGCCAUCGGGGGCUCGGGGGAGCUGCAGCGGCAGCGGGUCAUGGAGGCCGUGCACUUCCGCGUGCGCCACACCAUCACCAUCCCCAACCGCGGGGGCCCGGCUGGGGGUGCGGGGCCCGAUGAGUGGGCCGACUUCGGCUUCGACCUCCCGGACUGCAAGUCCCGCAAACAGUCCAUCAAAGAGGAGUUCACGGAGAGCGAGGCCAACUGAGGUGGGGCCGGCACAUCCAGGGCCCCCCUGACCCGGUGCUAGCGACCCAGAGAGCAGAGAGCCCCGGGAGCCGUGCUGGAUGUCUGCUUCCUUUUUGUCACCAACUGCCUUGGGAGGCAGGACCUCUGGGCUCUGCCGGGAAAGGGACUUGGGCAGGGGGAUGCCCCUGAGGAGGGGCUCCCGGAGCUGCGCUGAAGAUGCGCGCCCAGGACCCAUCCUCCAGGGGUCCGGGGGGCCUCCCCCUCCCUGCCUUGCCUUCCUGGGGGCUCUGCUGACCGACUGCCAGAAAGUAUUUUCCGAUGUCUCUGGCUCAGGGUAGCAACACGGCUCGGUGCUUGUACCUAGACACUCCUGUUUUCGGGUCAAGGUUCCAGACUACAUCUCUGCCUGAGGCUGUCCCUCUGCUGGUCUUGAGGGUCAGUCUGCCCUUGCACCCCUGACCGCUGGUGCAAAGCCUACUGCAGCCACCUCCCACUUCCUGCCCCAAACAAAAACCAGAGUUUCACUGGAAUCGGGGAGGCAAGGAAACUCCUGGUCGGCGGCCUCCAGCCAGCACCCGUGCCAACGCCGCUGGCUGCAGCCCAUCUCUCCAGUGGCCCUCUUAGCAUAGACACGGACAGCAGGCUCCCCAGACCACUGGAAAGUGUCAAUAUUUGAUAAAAUGAUGCCCUUUUCUA